AUGACGCUCACAUCUUACGAUAACUACCGGAAAUAUGCUGAAAUGAUAAAAGAAGAUGGUGCAGAAAACAUACUUUUUCCCGGAAAAGCUUACUUUCUGGCGCUUACUUCCGGUACAACUUCCGGUAAAAGCAAAGUAUUUCCGAAAAGCCAAAAAGCGCGGAAUAAGGCGAUGCCAUGGAUUCUUGCAAUGAUAUACAAUAUGGUAUAUGCUACUGGAAAUCAACUCCUGAAGAAGUGGCUGUAUGUUAAAAUUGUUCCAAAGCUAAUUGUCACAAAUUCCGGAAUAGAAUCUGGACCCAUUGCAGCCGUUACAUACAAAUUCAACUUUCCAUUUUCAGCAGUACCAAAUCUUUCCGUACAAACUGAGUACGAAGCUCUGUACAUUCACUUAGCAUUUAGUCUUGCAGAAGAUGACGUGUGCUGUUUUUCAACAAUGGUGUCAACAACAGCAUUAUCCUUGUUCACAGUAAUGGAGAAGAAUUGGAGCUCGCUCUGCAAUGACAUAGAAAAUGGGGCACUUUCAGAAAAUUUGGACGUUUCUGUUCUUGAAAGAAAUCGAUUAAAUAGGCUGUUGAAACCUAAUCCAAAGCGUGCUGCCUUCUUGAGGAAAGAAUUUGGUAAAGGAUUUAAGGCUAUUGUGUCUAGAAUAUGGCCGACCUGUCCGUGUCUUCUGGCAACAAUUAAUGUUACGCUCUUUCACAGGUCUACCGAUUCACUGACUUAG